AUGAUUGGCCUGCUAAAGUACGAAACUAGACCGAUUAUUUUAGCUGUGACUCCUCCAUCUAUUUUUUAUUAUACAGAAGACUUAUACAAUGUAGGAAUUCGAAGGGGAGACCUGAUUAUUAUGAUUCCGAGUAAAACUGCGUUUUUAUAUACAACUAUGCCUAUUAAGCCUAUGCUGGAUAAAAUGUCAGAACUUUUAUAUGGAGGAAUUACUACAUGUGAAGCUGAGUGGAUUGGAGAAUUUGGCAAAAAUCAGCUGAAGGGAUUUAAAAAAGCUUACCCAUACAUUAAUGAUGAUUUCAGGUGUUUUUCAGUUGAUUCAGGGUGGCUGAUCCUAAAUGCGCUGAAAUUUACAAUUGAUCAAGGAGAAGAUAUUUAUGAUCCUUAUGUGUUUAAUACUCGCUUAAGACAGCAACGAUUUUUAGGCUGCUCUGGAAUAGUUUCUAUUAGUUCUCAGUCUAAUGAUAGGAAUUCUGCGCCAAUUGGAAUUUAUAAUUUUAGAUAUGACAGUGUUAAUAUAGCAAUCCUAUAUAAAUAAGGAUCCAUUUUUUAUAUUGGUCAGCAAGGUAAGAAUCAUUGAUAAUGAGAAUGAUAUUUUAUAUGAAAUAAUGAUAUCGUCUUAUGAUCAAGGAAGUUUACAGCUGUUUACGAUUUAUGAAAACAUGAAUUGGUAUGAUAAUACCACAAAUACACCAUCAGAUAUUGUAAAAAGUGAAAAUGGCUGCCCGUUUAAGGACAGUCAAAUUGAGUACUCACUCCCCCUUUAACACUUUGAGUUUUAAUUUAUUUUUAUGAAAAAAUAACCAAAGAAAAUUUAUCGAUUUAGUGUGAAAAAUGUUUAAUGAGCAUUCUACUUCCACCUUUCCAAAUAAUUAAGUCAGAUUAAGUUUUUAAAAUUAGUAUUUUCAUCUUUGGUUUCAAAAAUUUUAAAAAAAAUAUAAAUUGAACGGUACUUUGAGUUCUAAUCUGUUUUAUGAGGAAUUAAAUAUAAAUUUAAUCGAUCUAGUGUAAAAAAUGUUUAAAUGGCAUUCUACUUGUGCUCCCUCUUUAAAUUGGGUAAAGCUAAUUUUAUAAAAUAAUUAAUUUGAUCUUUAAUUUUAUUUUUUAAAGAUUUUGAAAAAUAUAAGUUUUAAUAAAAAAUUAAUAAAAAAAAUUAAUACAUUUAAACUGUUUAAAUACCAUUCUACUUUUAUUGUGUUUUUAAUUCAAAUUUUAUAAAAUUUAGUAAUUUCACAUGCAGGUUGCCCGAUGAUUGUGCUCAAUGCGUCAUCGUCAGACAUUUACAAUAUUUUUAUUUUUUUUUUAGAAAAUAUAAAUCGAGCACUAUAAUUUGAAUUUUAAUUUAUUUUAUGAAGAAUUAAAUAAAAAUUAAUCAAUCUAGCUUAAAAACUGCUUAAAUAUCAAACUAAUUUAAUAAAAAUUAAUAUUUUAUCGUUAAAAUUUUCCUUUGAAAAUAAAUUUGUUCCAAUUUAAAGGGGUUAAAGUACCCAAAAAACGCAAAUUUUAGGGGUUUGUCCAAUUUAAUGGGAGAGAAAGUCAGUAAAAGGUGCUGGAAUGUUCUAUGGAAUUGCUUUUCGAAUUACUAUAAAUACAAUGUUUUUAACUUUUUAUAUUUGAAAAAGGUGGUGGAAUUUAGAAAUUCAAGAAAUAACUGAGUCAAGGUAA